CUACACGAAGAUCGAAAAAAUUCCAGAAUCUUCGAAAAUCGAAUUCUGCGAAUUCUGCGAGAUGUGGGCAGGGCAAGACGGGGAAAUUAACAGAUCCGACGAAAUCAAAGGCAACGAAUCGAGGAACGAGGAGAAAAACGACGAAUCAAACGGAAACGGAGAGGAGAUGGGGAGAAUUCCGUUACCGUGGGAGAUUCUUCAGCCGGUUCUGAGAGUGCUAGGGCACUGCCUUCUGGGGACGAGUUUGAUAAGCAAAUGCAAGAAGAACGAAACAACGACGCCGUUGUUCAACGCGGCCAUUGCUGCGAUUCGGAGGUUGUACGCGAGAUCGAUGCACGAUAUAAACCCCAAAGCGAUUUUGGCGACUGGAAGUUUGGUGAAAUUGGGGAUGAUGGCUAUGGAACCGGUGGAUGAGAUUGAUUACACUGAAAUUCCUCUUCAAACCGUCAUCCACCUCUAGCAAUCUUUUUUUUUUUUUUUUUUUGAAUUUAUUUGUAAUCAAAUUGGAAUUGUAAGAUAUAAAAAGUAUAUUUUUAUCCAAAUAUUUCUCGAGUCGCAUUUGAGAUUCUUGAGAGAAUUGGGUUUUGUUUAGCUUAUAGCUUAGUUUCUGA